CGAAAAAGCCAGGAGUCUCUUUUCUUUCUGAAGCAGACGUCUCUUUCCCGGCUACGGGCUACCCAGCGGAAACAGCAGGUCGACGAGCGCGCCUCCGUCGCCACGCCGUCACGCGAGCAUCUCCCCCUCAAUACCAACGGCCGAGAAACUCACGUCUCGUCAACCCAGGGAAUCGAGCUCCACCCACUUCACAAAAGCCAAAAGGCUGGCAAAGAAGUUGUAAUGGGCACUACAGAGACACCGCAGAAAAAUGGUCGUCCUCCAAUUGUUAAACUGGAUAUGGGGUUGAAACUGGCUGAACAAUGGGUUAAUAAUAUGACCAAAGCUGCAGAGGAUGAACCAACAGAAGUAGAAUCAGAGGCUCGACCUAAGAGGCUUGGACUGGGUGCAAAGGUUUCACGUCGAGCCAAAGUUGGACCUUCAAACAACCCACUUGAAAGGAAACUCCUUGCCAAAUUAAACGUUGGAAAAAGAAAAGCUACCAAAAGUGCCGAAGUAUCCAUUCCAUUUGGUAGAGAUGGAAGUGAUAAUGAAGAUGAAGAUGAAGAUGAUUUAGAAAGCAGAACUAGAGCGUUUGACAAGAAAAAGAUCAGCAGAUUCUAAGACUGCAUUUUUACGGGCAACUGAAAAAAAGAACUAAUUCCCGUUGUGUAUCUGGAGUUGUUGAGGUUGCUGUCUGUUUUGUUCUGUGUCAUAUACUUCUUCUAUGGACCUAUUGACUCUACAAAUUAAUUUUAUGUAAAAUAGCCAUGAGGAAUGUUUUUGCUU